GAUCCCGAGGAGACUUGGUUUAGGAGAGGAGCAGUGCGCUGACUUCAGCUCUACUCAGAAGAACAGACAGGUUCUUCUACAAAGGGGGAGGGGGAGAGGAAAAGCCAUUAUUUAUUCCUGAAAAGAAAGGAGCUGGGAAAAUAAAAAAGCUACUGUACAGCUAGAUAUACGUAUUUUAAAGAGAAGGAUGCUUUGGAAGACUUUGGUGCUGCUGCUGUUCUAUUACAGUGCUCAUGCCACUGUGACCUACAGAUGGAGCAGAGCUAUGCUUUUCCCAGCUGCUCAGCGAUUCAAGAGGUCCUCAGCUGCCUUCCUCAACCCAGUGUUACAAAACUCACUGGAAGAUGUGGUCCUGCUUUAUGAGUUUCUUUUAGCUGAGCUUGACAUUGACAAAGGUCAGAGGAUCUCCAUCAAAGAUGAGGAGCUGGCUUCCCUGAGGAAGGCUGCUGAGUUCGACACCAUCUGCAACGAGAUUAUCCCCAAGAGCAUCACAGAGAUCCGCAGACUGAGCAGCAGGCUAUCUUCCUACCCGAGGGUCCUCAAGAAAGAAGACUUUGAAAGGACAGUGCUGACCAUGGUAUACACAGCCUACAGAGCUGCUCAGUCCCAAGGCCACCAGAAAGACAUUUGGGCUGAAUCCUUUGUCAAUCUCUACAAAGCCCUGAAGAACGACUUGAUGCUCCCAUACAACAAACAGCCCUCAUAGUGGGAGAGACGCAGUAGCUCAGCCACCUGCUCUGGUUGGUGAAGGACACGAUGUAGCAUGCCCACCACUUUAUUCUCUAAAGAGUUUUAUAGCCUGCUUCACGAAAGAUUGUUAGUUUUCUGGCUCCCUCUUGUGGAAUCUGCUUUCUAGUUCCAUGCUAAGCAGUGAAAAAUGCCUUCAGUCCUGAGAUUUCAAUUUGUGUGCUGGCUUGGAGGCUCGUUCUGUGACAGGAAAAGAAGGGAGUUUGGUCUACCCAGGCAGAUCCUUGUUUCAGGCAAACCCUUGAUUCAUCCUUUGGAUUUCCUGUAAGCAAUUCAUAAAUAUACUGUGCUUAUGCUCACAUGCUGAUGUGUAAGUGCUGGAGAGUGCUGCAUUCCUAGCUGGGGAAACAAGAUCGUGUUUUGGCUGGCCAGUAAGAGAAUAUUGCACAGAGAUGAAGGCCCAGUGUAAAAGGAAGAGGUUUCAUAACUGUCAGCCUUCAGAAACUAUGCCACAUAUUAUUAAUUUCAAAUGUUCUCAUAAAUAAGCACUCUCUGAUUCACUUCAUUUGACUGAGCCAGUGUUUAAUUGCAAUAACAUUUGCAGAAGACAAAGGGCAUUGUGAAGGCCAUCAGCAAACAAUGCCUGGGAACGUAUUCCCUGCUUCCUGGAGCUGUCCUCCCAAACAGUCUGCAAUUCUUUCAUUAUUUGUACAUGACUUGCUUCUGCUGCUUGUUUUUUUUGAAAGGAACAUGUAUUUGUCCUCAGUGGAAUCCAAGGCAAAACAAAGGCCCUAUUUAAUUUAAUACUGACACAUUUUUCCUGGUUCUAUCACUUGAACGUAGAUCAUCUAAACCCAUGCUUCAGAAUCCUGGUGAGGCAAGGGAGGAAGAUGAAUUAAAACAGACUUGGUGCUGAAUUCAGCACUGUGGCUCUUUUUUUAACACAAAUUGUAUAUUCAUUUGAGUAUAUAUGUGUGUUUGUAUGUGUGUGCGUGUGUGUGUGUGUAUGUGUAUGUGUGUGUGUAAAUGUGUGUGUGUGUGUGUGUGUGUGUGUGCGUGUGUGUGUGUGUGUGUGUAUGUGUGUGUGUAUUCAUGCAUAUGAGGGCAUGUAAGUGCUGAGUAUGUAGAAGAAUCCCAAAUUGUUCAGUCAGUGAACAAUUGCAUCUGAUCACUUAGCAGAAAAGGCUAUUUGCCAAUUCCAUGGUGCGAAUUAUGAAUUUGGGAGCAGCAAAGAAAAAACUGUAGAAAUAUUGCAACCAACUAUAAUAAACUCCCAAAAAAUUCAUGAACAGAAUAUAGACAGAAAAUGGAGAUCUAUUUUGUCAGAAGGUUGACAAGCUAUCAAAAAUCUAAAUCAAACCCUCUAAUGUUAGUACACAGGAGAUACAAACUCUGAUUUUCUAUUGAUAUUAGAAGUGCUUCUACUUCCAGACCAUGGGAAAGUGGCUAAACAUUUAUUUCAUCCUUUUAUAUCAUCAUUCUCUAUUUUUCUAUUGGAUAAUCUAUUAAGGAUGCAGGCCCAAAUCACAAAUCCCCAAGGCUAAAACAGACCUAAGGAUUCCAGUCCAAGUUCUGAAUCAUGUUUAACUGCUUUUGCAUCACUUGAGCAAAAGAAAUUCUUUUGUGUCCCUUAGCAGGGGUACUGCAAGGACUGGAGCUGAAAAAAUCCACCCACAAGCACAGCAAAGAGCACAGUACAAGCAGUCAGAGCACACUGGGUUUGGCAAACACCUGUGGGAAUGUGGAAGCACAGCAGCCUUAGGGGCAGUCUGGCCAUGGCAUUAGGAGCUGGACAAAGGGCUUAGAAAAGACAGAGUCUGUGUUGUUUCCCCUAGAGUUUCUGGAUCUGUGUGUACGAGUGUGCACAUUGAUUUAGACACACAUAUGUGUAGGUGCACUUUUAUACCUGAAGAAUUUUGUUGGCCAUCUCUGAAGCGUGUCUGGCAGAUGGUGAAGGAAACGCAGGCACAAAGCUGUGGGCCACAAAUAUCUCUGCCUCCUCUGCUUGCACAUACAGAGCUCAGCAACCCAAAAGUGGCCCUGCACUCCUGCCCACAUGCCCGUUGAGCCCUCAGCUUUAGCACUGAUGAUCUGCUUGUGAUUUCUUCCCCUACUUUAUAAACACAUGAAGGGGAAAUGCCACAGAGUGCAAUACUGCCUUUCCAGCUCUGCUUCUUGGCUCUCUGAAACACCACUUGCUGGAAGAGCCUGAAACCAGGGAAAUUCAUAAAUGCCCCACAGCCAGCUACUCCAAGUCUGCAAAAAUAGCAAGAAAGAGAACUACAGCAAAUAUUAAUUGCUAGCAGUCACCAAUCAGAAAUAUACUUCCCAGCAGUGCUCCUCACCCCACAACAGAACUGCCUGGCAAAGUUUACUCGUCAUAAAAUAUCCCAUUAAAAAGAAUUGCAGAUAAUUUUUAAUAUCUUAUAAUUCCCUAUGGCAUACAUGCCUUACUAUACUUACAAAUUGGUAACUGAAACAUUUCUCUUCUCAACAGAAAAUAAAAGUUUUCCGAGUUUGUUUCCCUCCUCCUAUUACUGUGUGCAAUGUAAGAAAAAUACCUAUUCCUAGGGAAAGUUCUUGGACUGCCCGUGUUAAUUUAACAGAGACUCUCAAUGUAAUAAUAAAAACAUUCUACAUUAAAGUCCUUGCCUGUGUAUCAU